ACAUGGAUCUUCACAGGGCAGCCUUCAAGAUGGAGAGCUCCUCCUACCUGCCCAAUCCCCUGGCUUCCCCGGCCCUCAUGGUCCUGGCCUCCACUGCUGAAGCCUCUCGCGAUGCCUCAAUUCCCUGCCAGCAGCCACGUCCAUUUGGCGUCCCCGUUUCUGUUGAGAAAGAUGUCCAUUUGCCAUUUAACAAUGGUUCUUACACUUUUGCGUCAAUGUACCACCGACAAGGCGCGGUCCCACCAGGAUUCCCAAACAGGGAUUUUCCUCCAUCCCUCCUCCACCUCCAUCAUCAGUUUGCCCCACCUAACCUGGACUGCUCGCCAAUCAGCAUGCUGAAUCACAGCGGUGUCGGCGCCUUCAGGCCCUUCGCCUCCCCCCAGGAAGAUCGCGACGGAGUGCCAGGCGGGUAUCAGUCCGCAUUCACCCCAGCCAAGCGCCUCAAAGGCUGCCUGGAUGCAGAUGCUUCACCCCACCUGCGCUACUCUGAUGCAGAGGGGAAAGAGUAUGACUUUGGCGGUUCCCAGAUCCCUCCCGGAGGCUCGCCCAGCAGCGCCUUGAAAGCAGUAGAGGACAGUGGGAAAAAGAUCUUCGCUGUGUCAGGCCUCCUGUCUGAUCGAGAGACUUCCUCCAGCCCAGAGGACCGCAUUGAGCGCUGGCUGAGUCAGGCUGUCUAUUUCAAACUUGCUGAUGCCCCUCUUUGCCAAAUGACGCGGCACGUACCCGUGGUGAUGAGGCCCCUUUGGGAUGGAAAUGAUUGCCGACAGGCCUCACGCCCACACCUCUCCGUCAGGUAUCCCCCUUCCUCCGGACAGCUGAGGAAGGAGAAAUGGAAUACAGACAGUGAGCAGAGAGAGGAGACGAGUGAGGGCAUAGGUAAAAAGAAGAUGUCCCUGUAUGACAGCCAGGCUCCAAUCUGUCCUAUCUGCCAGGUGCUGCUCAGGCCCGGAGAACUACAGGAGCACAUGGAGACAGAGAUAGAGAGGCUAGCUGCCAUAUGCUUCAGUAAGAACACUUUACCCAAGGAUGGAGGAGCCACUCCAGGAACCCCAAAGUCAAUGCUGUUGUCGGUGCACAUCAAGCGCGAGGGAGAGUCUCCAGUGGUCUCGCCCCUGUCCUCUGAGGAUGCCCACCACUCUGACAGAUACCAGACAUUUUUACGAGUUCGAGCAAACAGGCAAACAAGAUUGAAUGCACGUAUAGGGAAGAUGAAGAGGAGGAAGCCUGAGGAGGGGGGCCAGGUAUGUCCGCUGUGCAGCGCCCCAUUGGCUGGUAGCGAGGAGGAGAUGAGUAGACAUGUGGAACAAUGCCUGAUCCAGCGUGAGGGUGCGUUAGGCGAUGAUGACUCUGCAGACAUGGAUGGAGAAAAUGGGCGGGGCUUUGAGGAGUACGAGUGGGCGGGGCAGAAGAGGAUCAGAGCUACAGCUUUGCUGGAGGGAGGCUUCAGAGGAACAGGUUUUGCAACGUGUAGCAUUAAGGAGAGCGCAGCAGACAGCGACGCUGACCUAGACGUGGACGGGGACGACACCUUGGAGUACGGCAAGGCCCAGUACACCGAAGCCGAUAUCAUCCCCUGCUCUGGAGCCGGAGAGGACCAAGGAGAGGCCAGGGAGAGGGAGGCACUACGGGGAGCCGUGCUCAACGGUGGGAUGCCUUCUAACAGAAUAACGCCUGAAUUCUCCAAAUGGGCCAGCGAUGAAAUGCCUUCGACGAGCAACGGAGAAAGCAGCAAGACAGACCCCGGCACUCCUUCAUCCUCCACCUCUUCCUCCUGCGCACCACGCACCUGUAAAAACAGCGAGAUCGAAAAGGUAACGGAGGAGGAGUCCGCGGCUACCACCAUGGAGGCUCUGAAGGCUCGAAUCAGAGAGCUGGAGAGGCAGAUACUGAGAGGAGACCGAUACAAGUGUCUCAUCUGCAUGAGGAAGCCUGCUAUCCAGUCAGGUGCAGAGAUCAAGAGCCUAGGGGUGUGGCCAGGGCCCCGGCCACUGGCCAAUGAGGUCGGAGAGAGGAAGCCUAAGGCCCUCCCCCUCGGCCUGUACUGCCUGUACAGGGGCCUUGUGAUUGGUGGCUACGGCAGCGGCAUAAAGAGGCUCCUCCCACAGCCCUUACGGAGGGUAAGGCACUCCCUCCCUCCCCCACCUCCCCCCCUCCUCAUGGCACACUAUCAAAGCAGUGCAGAGGAAGAGGGCCGAGGGGAGGACUUAUUGUCUCUCCAUCUACCACAGGGGAACAAGAAGCUGUGCCCGCAGUGCAACACCAUCACCUCACCCGGGGAUCUGAGACGCGUCUACUUGUAAAGAGCACACCCAUCCUCCCGCCUGUUCGUCCAUCCGAUCCAUUCCUCCUCUCAUCUCGGAUUUCAUCGCCCUCCCCGUCGAUCCUCAUUUGUUUUCCCUCUCUCGUGGCCUGUGUCGCUAGCUCCAAACCCUCCAAGAGCGUACAGAGACAAGACGGCUGUCUUUGAGACUCCACUGGCUCUUUCGGGAGGUUAAAACUGGAUGAAAUUGAAUGACUGAGCAGAACUCACUGACUCGCUGCCCGGCUACCCGCCCCAAAAAAGUUUUAUUAAAAAGACGGAGACCUGUAAUUCCACUGCUCAACGGGCUUGUUUCCUCUCAUGACUCUCUGUACAUGUAACAUGUGGUAUCGUCCACUGAAAGACUUUCAGUCAGUGGAGAACCCCCAACGCCCAGCUAAACCCUGCUGAGACCUGGCAGCGUCAUACUGCUGGACCUGAAAGGAACUUCGUUAUACACAAUAUAAAGACUUCUUUUUUCCGCCCUCUAGCUCUUCUUUGACAUUUCAAAGGUGCUGGACAACAGGCUCUAACCUGAAGACUGGACAGAAAGCUUCUUAUUCUUAGUUGUUCCCUAUCCCAGAGAGAAAAAUCCUGUCUUCAUGCCCCCAUUGCUUAAAAGAAUUAAAAAAGGGCCUGUCCACUAAAACUGAGCUUUCAACCAAACUGAGAAUAACCUCACAAGCUUGAAAAGGAGUUUGACACUCCCUCACCUCUUGUUCUUCUCCUCGCGAGCCCUUCUAUUCCCGUUUACCCUCUUUUGUGGUGUUUUAGUGAAGUAAACCAAAAUUUCCCCCCUCCAAAAUGCAGUGCAAGCACAUGUAAUAUAGUUCUAUGUAUGUUUACAAUGUUGGGUGUAAAUGACAUAGAGUUCACACACACAUACACACGCAUAUGUACACACACAUGCACACAUGUUACUAUCAGCAGACACACAGAAGUAUCUAAUAUCAAAGUCCUGUUGUAAGUUGGAAGGGUCUGGGAAUGAUGUUUGGGGAAAAAAUGGCUGGAAUAAAAGAAGCCUUCUGUAUUUAAAAAAAAAAAAGAUCAUUUGAAGAUCUGUUAUUUCACUGUACAGGAAUAAAACAUUUAAGUAAUAAUAAACUACUCGAGACUAGAUGGUCAAGAUUUAGGUGGUGUCAUUUUUCUGCAGAGUACCUUGAAAAACGAACAUGAAGCAAGGAAAGAUCUUUUGUUAGUUUUAUAGAAUGGAGAGAUUCCCAUUGCCCAAGAUUGACUGCAACAAGCAGAACAAUGGGACUGCUCUAAGCCUCUUCUUUUAACUUCCAUUUCUGCUUCCUCUCAGUUGGAGUAACUUCAUGCUCAGAUCAUAGUUAAAAAAUGUUUUGUUUUACCCCUACAUGUCUCAAAAGAAAGCUUUUUUUCCAUUGUUCUCAUACUGCUAUGCUGCAAAAAGGUUCCAAAAUGGUAACCUCGAAGGGCAGGUUCUUUCUAGCUAUAACAGAUGAGGGAAGUGUCUGGAAAAGAGGAAUGGCCAAGGCUGAACUGGCAACUUCCAAAACCCCGCAGCAUUUCCCCCUUCCCUUUUACGGCAGCAGCAGCAACCAAGGUGGUGGUGUGCUUUGUGUUUGUAAAACUAUGUAUUCUGUGACGUCUGUAUUGUUGUAAGAAAUGCUGAAAAAAAUGAAAAAAUAAAACUUCUCAAAUACCACGAGUGGUCUUGUUCACACAAUCUGGGCUGUUAAAUAAGACAUAGGAAAGAGAAAUGUACCUGUUUUGACUGAAAUAAAGCUAAGGAAGAUGGCCUCAAUGCAAAAGA